AUGGUAGCCAUCACUCACUAUGCCUUCGUUCUUGUGCUCGGUCUUGCCACUGUCUCAAAUGCUUCAAAUCUCCGCCAACUAAGCAAUACGAUUGAUAUGAAUGAAAUACUAAUCAAGAAAUCCAGCAAUCUGCUAGCUCAAGUGAAUCAGAUGCGCGCUGAGCACGGUCUACAAUCUCUUUGCUCCAAUAAGAAGCUACAAGUUGCAGCAGAGCGUCAUGUGAUUGACCAGUCGAAGUCCGAUUUCAUGUCUGACAUUGGCACCGACAACUCCGAUCCAGAGCAGCGUGUCACUGCUAUUGAAUUUAACUUGCAAAGUGUGGCUGAGAAUAUUGAUGCCGGUAGUGACAACGCUAGUGCUGUGGCAGAUUGGUGGAUGAAAGGAUCGAAUCGUGAUGUUAUCCUUGGUGAAUUCACUAUGGUCGGUACGGCGUAUAUGUUCAACGAAGACACAUACAACAAGCAUUAUUGGGUACAGGUAUACGCCACGGGCAGCUCAGAACAGUGCGAUUAG